UUGCUACCCAUCAUCCAAUCACUGAACCCUAUCAUCUUUCUACCUUUUUUCUUACUGAAAGGAAAUUAAAACCAAGCAUUCUUGAAAACAAGAGCAAAGAAGGAAAGCAGAGCGCAUGGCUUCCACAACUCUCUCCACUGCUGCCACUCAGCUUUGUGCUGGUAAAAAUGGGAUUUUUGCACCAUCGCAAGCUCUCAUGGCUAAGCCGGCCAAAGGUUUAGGAUUUGGGAAGGGGAAGGGAAUGAAGGUGACGUGCAUGGCGUCAAGCAUUUCAGCUGAUAGAGUGCCGGACAUGGAAAAGAGGAAGCUGAUGAAUCUUCUUCUAUUAGGAGCCAUUUCUCUACCUUCUGCUGCGAUGCUAGGCCCAUAUGCUUUAUUCUUUGCUCCACCUGGCUCAGGAGGUGCUGAUGGAGGAACUCCUGCCAAAGACGCCCUUGGGAACGAUGUCAUUGCUUCUGAAUGGCUGAAGAAUCAUGGGCCUAAUGAUAGAACACUCACCCAAGGGUUAAGGGGAGAUCCUACCUAUCUUGUUGUGGAGAGUGACAGAACACUUGCAACCUAUGGAAUCAAUGCUGUCUGCACUCACCUUGGUUGUGUCGUCCCAUGGAACGGUGCUGAGAACAAGUUCAUCUGCCCCUGCCACGGAUCACAGUACAAUAAUCAAGGAAAGGUUGUUAGGGGACCUGCUCCUUUGUCGUUGGCUUUGGCACAUGCUGAUGUGGAUGAUGACAAGGUAAUAUUCGUCCCCUGGGUUGAAACUGACUUCAGAACUGGCGAUGCUCCUUGGUGGGCUUAAUCUCUCGAUGUAAAUUUGCCUAAAGUGUCAAUAUCUAAUAUUUACAUCCUUUCCCUUUCAAGGACCCUAUUUUUUUUCAUAAAGGAAAAACAUAUAAUGUUGUGUUUAAAAGUACUCAAUUUGAGAUUUAGUUGUGGUAAUCAAUUAUUCAUCAGUUCUGUGUA